AUGGCUGUUUCUUGGUGCGGCGCCGCUAAUCGCCGCCUCGCAUUGGCACAGGAAAACUCUCGAGUCACGCCACAGCCCGGGCUCUGUCGCACAGCGGUGCUGACUAAUCGCCGCUACCGCCACCACCACCACCAACACCUCAUUCACCCACAAUUGUUCCUGGCAUGGCUUCGUGGCACUCAGAGCAUGGAGGCGAAGCGGGUCGAGGUUGCAGACGCAGAAAAACAAACGAAUGGCAGGUGGGACAUUCGAGAGGAUGUGCAGGUAUUCACGCGUGCCCCAAAAAUCAAGGGACAAAAGUUGCUUGUGUGGGAGCCCUGGGCUCCUGUCCUCACUUACAAACGUCGGAUUUGCUUCCUUGAGGAGCACCUCAUUCUACGUCGGUUCACCCUCAAAGUGCGUUUUGACCUGAGGCGGAGCUGCGCACCCGCCGCCCUCGGUGUGGCCGGCGGACGCGCCACUCAGCGAUCCGCGCCACCGCCGACCGGCCCCGUGACGCCCCGUCGCGUACCGAUGGACGCCCGGCUGUGGUGA